AGUGCAAAGGAAAAGAAGCAUACCCAGACUCACGUCUGGUAAUCCAUUGUUGCUCUCGAACAACGGUGGCAACUGACUAGGAGAGGCUAGCAUCUUGCACGGUGACAUUUCUCGUGGUCGCAGGCACACGAGCCAAAGGUUAAUGCGAUGAGGGCUCUCCGUGGUAUUGCUUUAAUUUUCUGUGUAACUACGCUUGUGCAAGCUCACUGGGAAAGAGCGAGGCAUUUGAGACCUCAACUUCUCGGUGGAUGGAGGCAGCACAAGUACCCGUCACAAUCGUCGAAGUUUAUCAGACUUGCCUAUCAAGCCUUCGCAAGCGCACUCGGUGAACCAUCUCUGCACGGAAUUAAUCUAAGAGUUUCGAAAGCUGCUACACAGGUUGUGGCUGGCCUCAAUUACAAGCUCGAAGUAGAACUGGCUAAGGUCAGCUGCGGUUUUCAGCAUCCGCAAAACUAUGAUAAGUGGCAUUAUGCACACAAUCUUGUGUGCUUUUCGGGACAGGUUGUUGCUGUUUGCAACAUUGAUUUCUACCAUCGGAUUGGAACGUCGACGCCAAAUAUAACAUCAUUCAGCUGCAAUGAGCCGUUGUUCAUUUGAUAAGUUCACCAUCGUUUGUGCAGUGCACGAAAUAAGCUCCAGUGCAGUGUAUAUUAACCACCCAAGUAUCCUAUUUCUUACCUUAAAUAUGUUGAGCUUGCGCUGAAGACGUGCAAUAAAAAAUAAUAUGGAAAUUUAAUAAAUGUGUUGGCGGUGAAUCAAUGCG